CAGACGUGAACACGCUAAAGGCGGUGCCGGCUGGCAAAGAAAGAGGCAAUAGGUGUCAACAAAUCUUUGCUCACAAUUCGAAGAAACAAGCACCUUGAAUCAAUCCUUUGCAGAAUUCUCCACAGCCUCCAUAAAAAACCAAGUUCAGUCAACCAAAGAAGAAGAAGAAGAUAACCAUGGCUCCAUCAAUGAAGAGAGUAUUUUCCAUCCCAAAGCUGUCGGCGCUUAUUGGUUCUCAGGAAGAAGCAGAGAGCAACACCACCCCCAUUACUGAUUCCAUUGACAAGGACAACACAAAUCCCCGGAAAGGAGGACGAAGAAAGACCAAGCGAAGUGGACAACAGAAGAUCUCGAAACGGAAUUCUCACAACGAUCUUCUUCGACUCGCGUCGGAUGCAGUGGGUAAGGAGAAGAAGAAGAGAUCCUCUCACAAUGACUUGACACGUUUGGUCAGCAAGGGCAAGGGGGGGUCCAACGGCAGCCUCAGCAGUCUCUGGAAGAGCAGUGGCAGCGCCAGCAGCAAGGGGUCUGUUUCCAAACUGAAUUACAGCAAGGAGCUUGUAGACGGAGAAGUCGACGAUAUCCUCAAGAUGGUCAAGCAGCUAAAGAGCUCCAGCCAUGGCCAACAGCUCCUCAGUGAGUUUGUCGACUACCAAACGGGAAAGACCAAACGAAAGCCAAAACUACUAAGAGAUGGCUCCUCCCAGGACAGUUGGGAAGAUCCUUCCAGCCUGGAAUUUGCUCCUCCCCUCUCCGAAAUCUAUAUUGAAGGCUGAUCAUCCUCCCUUCCAUCAGCCAGCUCGAUAUGUACUAGCUCGAACCACCCUUUCCUGGUGGUUCUAUACAUGUAGACUUUUGAUAUCCUUUUAAUGUUCCAUAUAGCUCUCUUUACAACUC